AUGGCGAUCGACGAAGAGGUGCUCGCGCUCGCCGAGCCGGACAGCGCCGAGGAGUCCAGCCUGGAGGCGUGGUACAUGGACGACACGGACCUCGACCAGAGGCUCCCGCACAGGAAGAACCCUAACAAGCCAUGUUCUGUGGAUACACUUCGUGCCCUGGGGGUCCUGUCAUGGUCACUGGACGCAGACAACUAUGAGGAAGAUGCCAAAUUCAAGGCCGUUAAGGAGGCCAGGGGCUACAACUAUCAGGACUUGGUCAACUGCAGCCCAGACACCAUGCCCGGGUUUGAUGAGAAGAUCAAGAUGUUCUAUGAGGAGCACAUUCACGCAGAUGAAGAGAUCCGGUUCGUCCUGGAUGGGUCAGGCUAUUUUGAUGUGCGCGAUCUGGAAGACAAGUGGAUCAGAAUCGAAUGCACAAAGGGGACCAUGAUCGUCCUGCCAGAGGGGAUGUACCACCGAUUCACCCUGGACACAAAGAACUACAUCAAGGCUCUGCGUUUGUUUGUGGGAGAACCUGUCUGGACGCCUCACAACAGGCCACAAGACGAACACCCUUCCAGGAUAAAGUAUCUCGAGUCCAUGGAGACCUGUCAGACCACGGCGGCCACAGCCUGA